AUGUCGGUUAACUUAAAUAUUGGUCCAUCUUUCAGUGACAAUCCUUAUAUUAAAUCUGUUUUAAAUCCCUAUAUGAGUUAUUUCAAAGCGGGUCAUAUUAACUGCCCGAGUCUUAGGCCCUCGGCGGACUAUUCUAAGAUUGAUGAGUUGAGAUCAAUCUUGAGUGGUUCGGUAUUGAAUGUUUUCGGAGUAACUGAAACUUGGCUCAAACCUUAUAUUUCAACUCGAUCUGUUCAAAUUUCUGGUUUAAAUUUUUAUCGAAAUGAUCGCUUGAAUACAAGAGGUGGAGGAGUGGGGAUUUAUGUCUCUACUGGUCUUAAGAGUAAAACAGUUUUUAAGGUUUCGGACUUUGGAACGUGUGAAUCGCUUUUUGUAGAAAUUUCUUUUGGUAAUACCCUGGUUCUGUUUGGUGUUGUUUACUUGCCUCAUGGUGACUUAGUUUCCUUCGAGAACUUACAUUAUGAAGUGUUUUUGAAAUACUCGAAUGUUGUAGUUGUUGGGGAUUUCAACUGUAAUAUGUUUGACACUGUGAGAUCUUGUAGCAUGAGAGCAUUGUGUUUGAGAAACAAUUUGUUCGUAGUUCAUAACUCUAGACCUACCCAUUUCGAUGUUGCUCAUGGUUCUACAUCUUUAAUUGACUUUUGGUUGGUCAGUGAUAUAUCAAUGUUAAGUUUUUCUGAUCAACUACAGUGCCCAUUUAUCUCACAUCAUGCUUUAAUAUUUGGUUCAUUUUUGUUUAGUGUGGAACAGAUAGAUGAGUAUUUUGAAUUUAGGGACUUUGACUCUAUUGACUGGGAUGGCUUGGUGAGGUUUUUUGAAGCUUUUAAUUUUGAGGACUUUAAUGGUAGUAAUGUUGAUGAUCAGUGCUCUAUUAUUUCUUCACUUUUUAAUUCAUUGCUGAGUUUUGUUCCUGUUGUCAGGAAAAAAAUUUGUUGUGCUGAUAAUAAUUGGAUGAGUUCUAGGGAAGUUAUGUUUGCAAGAUCUCUUAGGGACCUAGCAUAUCGUUAUUUUAGACUUUAUCGUUCUGAAGAGAACUGGAGAAUGUAUUGUAGGUAUCGAAAUAAGGCCAAAAGUAUUGUACGCAGGACUAAGAGGAAACAUUUUUCUAAACUAUUUUCGGGUUUAGAUACGGCAGGGUUGUGGAAAGUUUUAAGAGGGGCUGGGUGUGUUGGAAGCGAUUCAGUGGACUUCUGUGGUGAUGCUGAUGUCCUAAAUGACUUUUUUGUUUCUGUUAGUGGUUCUAGUAACAUUGAUGGUGUUAUCUUUGAUAAUUAUUCUGAUUGCCAAAACUCUUUUUCAUUUCGCUGUAUAACUGAGCUUGAGGUGGGUGAAGCAUUAGAGAAAUAUCCACUUGUCUCUAAUCUGAUAUUGGAUUUAUUUAACCACAUUUUGAUGACAUCUACUUUCCCUCAGCUUUGGAAGACUGCCCGAGUUGUUCCAAUUUCUAAAGCUAAAGCUGUUCACAGUCCUGAUGAUCUAAGACCGAUUUCAAUUCUACCGGUAUUAUCUAAAGUUUUUGAACAUGUUAUGAAGGAGCAGAUACUUGCGUCUAAUAUAGUGACUAUUUAUGAUGGGCAACAUGCUUACCGUAAAGGCUAUAAUACCACUUCAAUGCUUCUUAGUAUUACAGAUCACAUUAGAUGGCAUGUUAAUGCCAGUGAAUUGAGUAUGCCUAUAUCUCUAGAUCUUUCUAAAGCUUUUAAUUCUAUUUAUUUUUCUACCAUGGUUAGAAAGCUUAGAGAUGAGUUUCAUUUCUCUGGUACAGCAUGUCGUCUUAUUUAUUCUUAUUUGAUGGAUAGGUUUCAGUUUGUCGUUUUCAAUGGACAGACAUCAUCUUUGCGAACUCUUCACUCUGGUGUUCCUCAGGGGUCUGUUUUGGGCCCUCUUUUAUUCAUUUUGUAUAUGAAUAGCCUACCUGAAUUUAUUGCAGGGACAUAA